AGUCACUCUCAAUGUAUUCAUAACAAAUGUAGGCCAAGUGGCAAAAUGAAGGCAUGCAUGCAUUUGCAAUUACCCUCAUUUUCAAGUAAAAUAAUAUGUAUUUUUAAAAUAAGGCUUAAGUCAUUGAUAGGACUCUAAACUUGUUUCGAAAUUUCACUUGAAGCCUUCAACUCGGACUUGUACCUAUCAGGCUCCUAACCCACCAAAAAUUUGAUCCACCUAUACCUUUUUGCCCACACCGCACAUCACGUGGUAUAUACUCACUGUGGGCACGUGAAAGUGAAUUUUUACUGAAUUUUUUUUGGGUCUUCUUCAACCUCAAUUAUAAGUUUUUUCUCCUACAUCUUUCACCACCGCCCGUCGCCUUCUUCCUUCACGAAAAAAAUGGAGACCACCAUUAAAAUAUUCAAAUCUCAUAAUUUCUCUACAUAUAUCUCUCUCCUCCCACUCUUCCUCUUCCGCCUCUUCUCUUUCUCAUCUAACAUAUUGAAAAUUAAAAAGAGAAGCACACCUAAAAAAAUUGUAAAAUCUGUCACCACUGCCAGCCACCUUUUUCAUCGAAAUAAAUGGAGAUCACUAUUAGAGCAUUUAAACUUAUACUUCUUUUCUUUCUCGCUUGCUCUUCCUCUCUCGCCUCUUUUUUUUCUCAAAAAAUAAAUUUGAAAUCAAAAAAUUGACAAAAAAAAUUGCCACUAAAAAAAGAUCCUAAUUUAAAGUGUAGAGUAGGAAGAAAGCAUAAAGAGGAAAAAGUUGAUUAACACGAACAUAAUUAAAGACUUUAUUUUUUGCUAAUUUAAUUUUUUUUCUUGAUUACUAAAUGAAAAUUCAAUUUUUUGGUUUUUAAUGAUUUCAUUUUUAUGUUCAAUUUUGAUUUGUUCAAUUAUAGUCGGCCAGUCAUCAUUUAGGUGUUUUCCGCCAUUGAUGUGGACAAUGGUGAUUUUCAGAGAAAUGCCAUUGAUGUGGGCAAUGGUGAUUUUGCAGGGAAAGAGAAGGGUUGGGUUGGGUCAUUAAUGGAGUGGGCGUGGGAUGGGGUUUGACUCAUAGUUUUUUUUUUUAAAUCCCAUUUGCCACAUGUUUUAUUUUUAAUUAUUCAUUUUUGCCACGUCACGGGAGUGUGUUACACACAUUCUAUACCUUUUGCUGAUUGUCCAAAAAGGCCUAGGUGGAUCAAAUUUUGGGUAGAUUAGAAACCUGAUAGGUACAAGUCUGAGUUGAGAGGUCCAAGUGAAAUUUCGAAACAAGUUUAAGCGUCUAUCGAUAUUUUCAAAUACACAAUAAUGUAAAAUCUGGAGAGAAAGAUCCUAUUUGGUUCUUUCUAGGUUUAAUUAAGGUGUUCAAUGAAUGAUUAGUGAAAUUAUGUGUCAUCAAGUUAAUUUUGUGACUAAUUUACCAUUCGUUUACAUCUGGUUUCCACUGUCCAUAGUGGAAUAGAAAUGUGGCAAGCAAACGUCGAUAUUCCUAUUGAACUCACACCUAUAAAUUCAUAGGAAUUGUUCACAACAAUAUCACAUUAAUUCACUACAAUUCCCAUUGUAAUUAUUGUACUUUGUCUAUAUACCUCUUUUCUAGAGACAAAAAAUGUUUUUUCUCAAAAAUAAUUACACUUUUCUCUUCAUUGUUUUGCUGUUGCCUAUGCUAUGCUACAGCAAUAAUUAUGUUUCAAGAGUUUCCUAUUACACCACCACAGAUGGCAUGGGGACACCAAGUGGAGCGUGUGGCUACGGAGACUAUGGCAAAGAUGUGAACAACGGGGAUGUUUGCACAGCCUCCAAACGCCUUUACAAAAAUGGAGCUGCCUGUGGAGCUUGCUACCAGGUAAGGUGCAAAGACAAGGAAUUGUGCAGUGAGGAGGGUGCAAAGGUGGUGGUGACUGACAAUGGAGAAGGGCAUGGAACAGACUUCAUUCUCAGCCAACGUGCCUAUGCUAAACUGGCAAAGCAGCCCAAUAAGGCUCAGCAUCUGUUUGCCAAAGGAGUGGUUGAAGUAGAAUAUCGUAGAGUUUCUUGCAAAUAUGGUGGAGGAAAUCUCAUGGUUAAAGUCCAGGAACAUAGCAAGUAUCCUAACUACCUUGCUGUUGUUGUUAUGAAUCAAGGUGGCGCUACUGACAUUCUUGGUGUCGAAGUCUUCGAGGAGGAAACAAAAGAAUGGCUAUCAAUGAGGAGGGCUUAUGGAGCUGUGUUUGACCUAUCGAACCCACCAAGUGGUGAACUUAAGGUGAGGUUCCUCACAAGUGCUGGUGCUGAGACUAAAUGGGUGGAGUCUGAUAAGGCUGUUAUUCCUGCUCAAUGGAAAGCAGGGAUCACUAUUGAGACAGACAUUCAGCUCUCUUAGACCAAAAACAUUACUACUACAAUAUAUAUCUAUCUACUGUAUAGCUAAUGAAUUAUUAGUGCAACUUGGUGAUGUAUCACCUAUCAGUUUACAGAAUAAAUUUUAGGUAUCACCUAUCAGUUUACAGAAUAAAUUUUAGGUUAGAUGCAUAUUAGGAAUCACCUCUUGUACUUCAUUCUCUAAUACUAUAUAGUAUUGCUAAUAAACUACUUCUAUGCUGUUUGUUUUAA